GAUGCCGCGCCGACGAGCGGCCUCGUUGCAGUAACACCUCCGCCACUCCAGGGGGCGCCGCGUCGCAACAACCGAACCCGUUCGCGGAACCACAGGGUAAAUUAUUACCUCUUAGUAGCUUUGGCUUUCUUGUCGGUGACUCAGUGAAUAUAGGAGGAGUAAAGAUGGCGGACAACGGUGGCUCGGACCCUGUGAAUAACAAUAAUAAUAAAAAUACCACUUCGGAGGGCAAUAUAAUCAGGGUGACGGUGAAAACCCCGAAAGAUAAGGAGGAAAUCGCAAUCUCGGAGGAUGCCUCGGUUACACAGUUUAAGGAAGAGAUCUCAAGGAGGUUCAAGGCAAAGCAGGACCAACUGGUGCUGAUCUUUGCCGGAAAGAUCCUAAAGGACGGGGACACACUUAACCAGCACGGCAUAAAGGAUGGACUCACAGUCCACUUGGUUAUCAAAACUGCACAUAAGUCAGCAGACGGAGCUGGCCCACAGACUUCUGCCACAUCAAGUUCAAGCAGUGCCCAGGUGAGUGGCGGCAGUGGCGCCACUUCAGCCAGCCCCAGUCCAGCUGUCAGCACGUCGUCAGCUGGGUCCAACAGCAGCAGCACCACGCCGGUUCCUCCUCAGCCAGCCAACAUACUGACCGGUUUUGGUGACCUCUCCAGCCUGGCCGCCCUGGGAAUGGGCUCAACCAACUUUAUGGAGCUGCAGCAGCAGAUGCAGAGACAGCUCAUGUCCAACCCGGAGAUGUUGUCCCAGAUCAUGGAGAACCCACUAGUGCAGAACAUGAUGUCCAACCCAGACCUGAUGAGGCAGAUGAUCAUGGCCAACCCCCAGAUGCAGCAGCUGAUGGAGCGAAACCCGGAGAUCUCGCACAUGCUCAACAACCCUGAGCUCAUGAGACAGACUAUGGAGCUGGCUAGGAACCCAGCCAUGAUGCAGGAGAUGAUGCGGAACCAGGACCGGGCGCUUAGCAACUUGGAGAGCAUCCCUGGCGGCUACAAUGCCCUGCGCCGGAUGUAUACCGAUAUCCAGGAGCCCAUGUUCAGUGCUGCUCGUGAACAGUUUGGAAACAAUCCCUUCUCUGCCCUGGGGGGCAGCUCUGAAGGAUCUGGGGUGCAGCCAUCCCGAACAGAGAACCGUGAACCUCUUCCCAACCCCUGGGGCCCACCCAGUGCCACGCCCUCUGAGAGCGGGAGCGGAACAGGAACCUCCACCUCCACCUCUGUCCCCAGCGGGACCACCCCUAGCGUGUCCAACCCCCUGGGCAUUAACUCUGCCAGCCUGGGCAACGGUAUAUUCAGCAGUCCUGGUAUGCAAAGCCUGCUGCAGCAGAUUUCUGAGAACCCACAGCUGAUGCAGAAUAUGUUGUCUGCACCCUACAUGCGCAGCAUGAUGCAGUCGCUGGCACAGAACCCGGAAAUCGCAGCACAGGUGAUGAUGAACAACCCCCUGUUUGCCGGUAACCCCCAGCUGCAGGAGCAGUUCCGGCUCCAGCUACCCAUCUUCUUGCAGCAGAUGCAGAACCCUGAGGCGCUGUCUGUGAUGACGAACCCACGGGCCAUGCAGGCCCUUCUGCAGAUCCAGCAGGGUUUACAGACAUUACAGACAGAGGCACCAGGACUCAUGCCAAGUUUGACCCCUGGAGGAAUCUCGACGACCCCUCUGUCCACAGGAGGUGGUGUGACCCCUGAAAAUCCCACCGCCUCUGCAGGUGGCUCCACCCCUGCCUCUGGGACCAGCUCUGCCCAACAACAGCUCAUGCAGCAGAUGCUACAGAUGUUUGCUGGAGGAAGUGCAUCAACCCAAAGUCAGACUCCAGAGGUGCGGUUCCAGCAGCAACUGGAGCAGCUAAGCGCUAUGGGCUUCAUCAACCGUGAGGCCAACCUUCAGGCCCUCAUUGCCACAGGGGGUGACAUCAAUGCCGCCAUUGAGAGACUGCUGGGCUCCCAGCCUUCCUAAAGCACCUGCCCAUGGCAUGGGGGCAUGGCUUGGGUUAGAAGGGGAAGGGUUUGGGGUGGAGGGGAGAGGAACACAUCUGAGAUUAAGUCCAGUCCGACAGAGGCUAAAACAAGCGUGGCAUGUGACCUGAGGGUGAGGACCAGUGUCUGAGCCCUAACCUCUAAACGUCCACACCUCACCCUACUUAAUCCUUACCUUCAGUUGUCUGCCGCCACAUGUUUCUCUGCCACGCAGAAACUGACAGUUACCCUGCAUUGAGUUCCAUCUCCUAUUUUUUUUCCCUUCUCUAUCCUCCCGGGAUUGAAUGAAAAUUAUGUAAAGAUGGGGUGGGGCAUUUAUACCACACCCAGCAGGGGGAGGGGCCAGAUGUGCAGCUUUAGCAAUUCCACUGCCAAUGCCGAGCCUGACCUUGCCCCGGUAUUAAAGUAUCGAAUGAAACAACAACAGAAAAGUCUACAUUUGCUUGUUUAUGCUCAACAUGACCAAUUUUUCGUAUCCUUACAUCCAACAUGCCUGGGAGACCGAACUCCUU